ACACACACUCACACUCACACACACACACACACAGACAGAGUGCACUGAGAGUUCAAGAGCGCUAGUGUGUGCUUGACUGCAAUUAAGGGGAGUGGAAAUAUUUUGGGGCAGUAUUCGCUUUAUCCAUCCACGUUUCUUUCGGUCAGGACGAAGUUUCGCAAGAGGAUAGUUAUACUUUUGGUUACUUUACUCUGUGCGCCAGGCAAUUAAGCAAAGUGACGCUACUGUCCACAGCGAGGACAUGUGUUGCAUGUGAGAAGACACGGAGUUGAGUACGCAGGGUUGCAGAAAAGGACAGAGUGAAAACUGAACAAGACUACUCCACACACCAUGAAGAAAGGGGACUCUGGUUAUCAGAGUCGGAAUGAAGUUGGGGCUCUGCACUGCAUGUCUGGCAGUAAUUAUGAGGGCAAAGGGAAGAGAAUUAAGGUAGCAUCCCAUCCCAUCCCAUUGGUGGGAUUGAUCUUGUUAGCCACCCUCCCUUUUGGAGCAAGCAUCAAACAAAGUGUCCCCAGGGUUAAACUCAGCCACGGAGGGGGUUUUUUAAAAAAGAAAAAUUUAGCAUUCACGGUACUGCAGGGUUUAUUAACUUUUUGGUUUGUCUCUAUGCCCUGUCUUUUAUUUUUUGGGGGCCAAAAACCGGGCUGCAACCCGGGGCGUGUAUCCGGUUUUUGGGCCCCCUCGAGGCCUCCACUCCCUCCCCCGGGGCGGGCGGAUGAAGAGAGAGGUCGUCUUCCUUUUGGGGGGCCAGGAUCACAUCUCCUGCUUGACACUGCCCCUUUGGGCCCCAGAACCCCCAAAAGGAUUCACUGGCCUGCUCCCCGAGACCAAGUGGAAAUGUGCAAACUGGCAGGCAAAAAUGCAAAUUUGGAGUGUGCUAACUUUGUCAGGGUCCUUCACAACUACAAUCGAACACAUGUCUAUGCCUGUGGGACAGGAUCCUUCCACCCCAACUGUGCUUUCAUUGAAAUCACUGGCCGCAGAGAGGAUGGCGUGUUCCAACUGCUGUCUAGGACAGUGGAGUCUGGCAGAUUGAAAUGUCCUUUUGAUCCCUCGCAGCCAUUCACCUCAGUCCUCACAGAUCAGUACCUGUAUGCGGGCACAUCAUCAGACUUCCUGGGCAAAGACACAACUUUCACACGCUCCCUUGGCCCUCCACCUGACCAGCACUACAUACGCACAGACAUGUCUGAAGAAUACUGGAUCAAUGAGGCCAGGUUUAUAUCUGCUCAUGCCAUUGCAGACACCUACAAUCCAGAUGAUGAUAAGAUAUACUUUUUCUUCCGCGAGGUGUCAUGGGAAGGCAACGGCAAGAGCAUCCUGUCCCGAGUGGCUCGUGUGUGCAAGAAUGAUGUGGGUGGGCUGAGAAGUCUGACCAAUAAAUGGACCACCUUCCUCAAAACCAGACUUGUGUGUUCUAUCCCUGGACCAGAUGGAGUGGACACACACUUUGAUGAGCUCCAGGACAUCUUCAUGCUUCCUACCAGAGAUGACAAAAACCCCAAAGUGUAUGCAGUCUUCACCACUUCAAGCUCCAUUUUCCGUGGCUCAGCAGUGUGUGUGUACAGCAUGGCGGACAUAAGGGCCGUGUUUAAUGGACCUUACGCCCACAAGGAAGGGCCGGACCAUCGAUGGGUAGAAUACGAGGGGAGGAUACCGUAUCCCCGUCCUGGAACGUGUCCCAGCAAGACAUAUGAUCCAAGGAUCAAGACCACCAAAGACUUCCCAGAUGAGGUGGUCAGUUUUAUUCGAUUCCACCCCCUUAUGUAUCGCUCUGUCUACCCUCUGACUGGUCGACCGGUGUUCACCCGUGUCCGAGUGGACUACACCCUGACUCAGAUCGUGGUGGACAGAGUUUUGGCAGAGGAUGGACAAUAUGAGGUCAUGUUUCUUGGAACAGAUGCCGGCUCAAUUCUAAAGGUGGUGAGCAUCACUCAGGAAAAUUGGUCAACAGAGGAAGUGGUGCUUGAAGAACUUCAAGUUUUCCAGGUUCCCACUCCCAUCCACAGUAUGGAGAUGUCUUCUAAACAGCAACAGCUCUACGUGGGAUCAAAUGAAGGGCUAGCCCAGGUUUCACUCAGUAGAUGUCACCUGUAUGGCCAAGCCUGUGCUGAAUGCUGCCUGGCACGAGACCCCUACUGCGCAUGGGAUGGACACACAUGCUCACGAUACGUCCCUGCAUCAAAGCGGCGAGCCAGAAGACAGGACAUCAAGCAUGGAGACCCUGCCAGUCAGUGCUGGGACACUGAAGACAGUCUUGUUGGGGGACAGGUGGAGGAGAGAGUCCUCUAUGGGGUGCAGAGCAACUCCACCUUCCUCGAAUGUAUCCCCAAAUCUCAACAGGCUCUGAUCCGGUGGUACAUACAGAGGCAUGGAUCUGAACGCAGGGAGGAGGUCAGGCUGGAUGAUCGUGUCGUACACACAGAUCGAGGUCUCCUGAUUCGCUCCCUCCAAACCUCUGAUGCUGGCGUGUAUGUCUGCGUAGCUCAAGAGCACACACACUUCACCCACACUCUCCUCCAUCUCAAGCUACAACUUGUUACACAUGGACAACUGGAUGGGAAGCCCAAGCCCAGUGAUGACCCCAUGGUGGAGCUGCGCCACAGCGUGGAGUCCCGUCAGCGUUAUAAAGACUACCUGAGAGUGAUGAGCUCUCCUUUUGGCUCUCUGGAGGAGUAUUGCGAUUCACUAUGGUUGGAGAAAAGGCCAACAAGGGUGCGAGGAAGAGGCUUAGGAGCUGGCAAAUGGAAACAUAUACAGGAAAUGAAGAAGAGCAGGAACAGGAGACAACACAGAGAGAGGGACGAAGAGUUGGAAAAACAGGAGCGAGGGAGGGUGGUGAGGACAGCAAAGCAGUGAGGGGUGUGGUGAACAAACAAUCAGGGUUAGCUAUCUAUACGAUAAGGCAGAACGUGACACAUAACUGCAAAAUUGCAAUGACAGAUCAAUUCAUGAGCAAGCAAAAUCUAACUCAGAGUAACAGUAAUGGGGCGUGAAAGACUAACUCUGAAAUACAGUAUAUAGAGGUCAAAGAGUAUUGAAAAGAUAUCAACAUGCAAUUUUAUGUAGGAUUGGGGUGUGAAUAUCUAAUUGCAUUCAUCUCUCCUGAAUCGGAACAUGACUGGUCUUUUCUACAGCUUUCACUGGCUAAAUACUGUAGUUUCCCCAGCAGGACAGACUGACGGUUAUUAGAGGUGAUGAUUUGAGGAUAAUGAAACAUAUAGUGGAAUUAGUGAGAUUGGGAAAAUACCAAAAAAACUAAGAGUUUGCUUGUGGUGAUGACAAUGCAUUCAUGUUGAAUGACUGUAAAUAUUUACAUACCAUGUACAGGAGUUACAGCAUGCUCAUUUAGUCUUAUUACUGAUCUGUACACUUAAAAUGAUAAUCAUGUAUUAUGUUUGGUCUGACAAAAUGACAUAUCAUUCUUUAAUGCUGUUGUUGAAAGUUAUUUAAAUAAAUUUGUCUUGGAGCCUCUGUUCAAUAAAUUAAUUACAUUGUGUAAAGAGACUAAAGGACUCAAGCAAACAGCAAACAAGGUUGAGAAUGGGUUUGUGUUAGUUCAGAUGAGCCUCUCCUGAUAUAGCAACACAAGUCCCUGUGCACUGUAUGCAGAUGUCAGAAUGAUUCAGGACCAGCUGGUCUCUUGUUUAGGUGUGUGUGUGUGUGUGUGUGUGUGUGUGUGUGUGUGUGUGGUGUGUGUGUGUGUGUGUGUGUGUGUGUGUGUGUCUAAAAGAUAGAGGGAAAAUGGGUGCCUUCAGGAAACCAUGCAAAAUAGGAAAGUUUGUGAACAAACUAAGUAAUUUACAGAAUUCCUUGAAUAACCUGGUAAAGCUCUAAAUGCAUCAACAUCAGUUUCAUGAGCAAACAUUCUGCACAACAACACACUCAUUCCAAUGUUUCUAACUCUCUACAGGGGGGAACUUCAAAGUUGCUAGUACAAAAGUAGAUAGCAUUGUGUGUGUGUUUUUUCAUUACACUAUAAGUUGUGUAAAACAAGUGCAGUUUUUCCUAUGCUUUCAUAUGUGUUUUUUUGGCUGCAGUUGCUGUGGAGUUUAUAUUGUUUACACAUUUCUGUGGCAGGUUAUUUAAUUUAUGUGGUUGCUUGUUGCCCCCCCCCAUGGUGUCCCUAUACUUUUUAUUUAUUGUCGGCCAUUUUUUUUUAUUGUCUAAGUUUUGUCUCUUUUCUGGUUAAUUAUUCUAAGGCUAUACUGAAUGUGUUGUAUAAUUGAUAAUCAGUUAUGUUGGUUUGGAUAUAAGGUGUCUGUGGUUUGACGUUUAGGCUACAUUGACAUUGUUUUGUAGCCUAAAUCUUUUCUUUAAUUUAAUUGGUAUAAUCUAUAUUAGCCUACGUAUAGUCUUAUAAGACUACUUACCUUUUACAUUGUAGCACACUAACUUUUACUCAGAAUACAUUUUAACUAACCUACUUUUUACUUUUACCUGGGUACGUUUUUACUCAAGUAUUUUUACUUUUACUUGUGUAAAAUGCAUUUAAUGGAAUACGACUUUUUGUUGAGUAAAGUAUUCUAGUAGUCUUUUCCAAGGCGUUGAACAACUUCUAAUGCUUAAUAACUUAAUAGCCUUUUAAUUCUUUUACUGAUCUCAUAUUUAGGCCUCCCUUAAUACAUGACUGUUAUUGUCUGUUAGUGAUACACUCUGUAUUUUUUUGCCUAAACUACCAUUCACCUCAAUUCAUUGUACUUUUACUGUACUUGUUUUUAUAUAAGUAUGCACAUACUUACAGCAUUCAAGCCUCCUAUUUUGUGUGUCCCCACAGUGAUUUCUCCAUGUUUCCUGUAACAAAGACAAUAAAUAUUUCAAGAACUUC